GGAAGCUGAAGUCAAGUCUCACGAGCAGUCACGAUUUGCAACAGAAAGAUUAUUUCAGUCAGACUUUGUUUUUGACAUAUUAACAUGGUUAAAGUAUCGGUCAGAGAAUUUCAACUCUUAUCGAUGCUUGAUUGGACUGAAUAGGAGCAGCGAGGAAUGGAUCAAAUUACAGUUUAUUUUAUUCUAACAACCUGUUAUGCAAUAUACUCUAAUUUGACUAUUAGUCCAAACCAUUAAAGUGAAGGUUUUGGAACAUGGCUAACAAUAUUGUUGGUGAUUGGUCAGAAGAACUGCCUGUGAAUUUGACUGGCCAGAUAUGUCCAGAACAUGAUCCUUUCAAACUAGACUUCUUUUGCAAGGAGUGCAAGAGAGAAGUCUGUGUAAGGUGUGUGGCCUUUCAUCACUCUGACCAUGGUAUUGAAUAUUUGAAGGAUGAAAAAGAACAACUGUCAGAGCUAGGUAUUGAACAUUUGAAGGAUGAAAAAGAACAACUGUCAGAGCUACGGAAAGAGCUUGGAAAAAAAAAAGAAGAUGUGAAGUGCAGGAAGAAAUAUUGUGAGUAUAUGCUGACAAAGGUUCAUGAAAAGGCAGAGGAAGAUUUAUGUUCUAUUGAUCAAGAUAGAGACAGGAGGAGAUCAUCAGUACAGCUGACGAAAAAUGACUUUGAGAGACGUAUUAAGGGCUGUAUAGAGAGUCUUGAAAAAGAGGAGGAUAGAAUAUAUGCUCUUGAAUUUUCAUCAGAAGCAGUCCUGUUAAGAAGACAAGGAGCUGGUGACAAAAACACUUUGGGUGAUACCCAGGAGGAUUUAAGAAAGUGCAUUAGUGCCCCACUCCCUCGUGUUAAGACAUAUAAUGAUUUGAAGUCAAAAUUCCGGAGAAUAGUGUCUCCCAACCGCUUCUCAUCAUCCAGUAGUAGUACUAGUAGUACCUCUUUGCCUUUCAGCCCUGAAGAUAGUAGCAUAUUGGAAGAAACAGGGACCUUAUUUAGUCGUGGAAGUGCUUUUGACAAUUUUGGUGCUGCUGGAGGGCUAGUAUUUAAGUGUGAUAGACAAGAAGAAGUUUUUGAAGGGUGUGAUCUGAACUCUAGAAGAGAUGAUUUAGUUUUGUCGGAGCUGGUUUCUCAUCUCCUACCUGAACACUUAACACCACUAGGUUUGAACUUGGGUGUGGGUAAUCCUAUUAUUGCACACAUUGUACAUAAUAACCCUCGAGACAUAGGUAAGGCAAUAUUCCAGGUGCUUAAGGAAUGGAAAAGAAAUCUGUGUACUGAAGUCUUAAUGGAGGGACAUUUCAAGACACUAGAAGAAUGCCUCAGAAAAAUUAAGAAUGAUGAUGCAGCUGACUGGCUCACAGAAAGAAUGAAGGAUUCUGCUGAUCAACCUAUGGAGACUUCAUCAUCCUGUGCCAAACUUGUUCAACCAUCCUCUUCUCCUGGCAAAUUGAUGCCACCCCCCUCGUCUGCUGACCCACUUGUGCAACCCUCCCCAUCUCCUGUCCAACUUGUUCUACCCUCCCCAUCUCCUGUCCAAUUUGUGCAACAAUCCUCAUCUCCUGGCCAACUUGUACAACCUUCCUCAUCUCCUGGUCAACUUGUACAACCUUCCUCAUCUCCUGGUCAACUUGUACAACCUUCCUCAUCUUCUGGCCAAUUUGUGCAACCCUCCUUAUACCCUGGCCAACUUGUAGAACCCUCCCCAUCUCAUGGCCAACUUGUACAACCAUCCUCAUGUCCUGGCCAACUUGUGCUACCCACUUCCUCUCCUGGCCAACUUGUACAACCAUCCUCAUCUCCUGGUCAACUUGUAAAACCCUUCUCAUCUCCUGGCCAACUCGUACAACCCUUUUCAUCUCCUGGCCAACUUGUGCAACCCUCCUCAUCUUCUGGCCAUCUUGUGCAACCCUCCCCAUCUCCUGGCCAACUUGUGCAACCCUCCCCAUCUCAUGGUCGACUUGUGCAACCCUCCUCAUCUUCUGGCCAUCUUGUGCAACCCUCCCCAUCUCCUGUCCAACUUGUGCAACCCUCCCCAUCUCCUGACCAACUUGUGCAACCCUCCCCAUCUCCUGUCCAACUUGUGCAACCCUCUUCAUCUUCUGGCCAACUUGUGCAACGAUCCUCCUCUCUUGGCCAACUUGUACAACCUUCCUUAUCUCCUGGCCAAAUUGUACAACCUUCCUCAUCUCCUGGCCAACUUGUACAACCUUCCUCAUCUCCUGGCCAACUUGUGCAACCCUCCUCUUCUUCUGCCAGUACACCACCAGUACAAUUUCCCUCAUCCGAGUAAUCUAUUGGCUGCUCCAAGUGCACUUGAUCUGUCUUUUUCUUCAUCUCCUUGCCAACCUAUGCAUCCCACUCUCUCCCUUUCCAACCUCUAACCUCGUGGUCAACGUGCACGACAUGGACAAGCAUCCUCAUCUACUGACCAACUUGUGCAGCCGUCUUCCUCUUCAGACUUUA